CGCUCAGCCCAGCUCCCUCUCUCUUUGUCCCCCCUCCAGCUCGCCAACAAAGCGCGGACGGAGAAGGAAGAGAAGAUGAGCCAGGCGUAUGCAAUUAGUGCUGGUGUCUCUCUGGAGGGGCAGCAGCUCUUCCAGACUAUACAUAAGACCAUUAAAGACUGUAAAUGGCAGGAGAAGAACAUCGUCGUGAUGGAAGAAGUCGUUAUCGCCCCUCCCUAU